ACACACACACACACACACACCAUGGCCGAACACAAGUACAAGUUCAACGUCUCCAUGUCCUGCGGCGGCUGCUCUGGCGCAAUCGAACGAGUCCUCAAGAAGCUUGAUGGCGUGAAAGAGUUCAACGUCUCACUGGAAACCCAAACCGCCGAAAUCACCACCGACGAGUCCGUCAGCUAUGCAACCGUGCUCGAGAAGAUCAGCAAGACCGGCAAGAAGGUGAACUCGGGCGAGGCCGAUGGUGUGCCACAGUCGAUUGAGGUUACGGCAUAGGGUAGAAGUCAUGAAGUAUGGGAGGAAGCUGAGAACUAUAUUGCAAGUGGCACGAAGUGGUGCCAUUUGGCAACUAAAGGGAGGUCUGGAUCAUGGGCGAUACCUGUGUUCUCUCUGCGUGGUCCUAGCAGGGCUGCACCAUGCGAAAAUCGAAGAUACCCAGGGCUCGAUCGAGAAGAUUAGAAGGGCGAAUGUCAUGAUUGAUGUGUUUCAAAUGACUGUGUUCCUACUAUCUGUCCAUGAGCAAUUUUCCGAGACAAUGAUACGGUACGGUAGGCCACGAAAGUACGUUGAUUUGUCCCGUAUGCCUCAAGACUGGCAAACCCAGGCUAGAGGAAGUGCCACACCAGAGGUGUCUAUAGGACAGUCGAAUACAAUGGCAAAGCACAAUCGAU